UUGUUAUCGUCUUUCUCGUCCUGUGUCUCUGCUCCCCCUCCCCCCUGAAAUGGCCUCCCCGUCGGUGGUUUUGGACAUGUACCUGGAGGAGGACGAAGAGGGCGACCAUUCGUAUUCCAUGUCCUCGCCCUUGCGUGCUUCCCCCUCGCCUCCGCCGCCUCGCCCCGUCUUCUCCAACCUCCUGUCAGAAGCCACUAUGACAUCACAGAACACCCCCCAGUUAAUCGGAGGGGAAAAGGAUACAGAAAGUACAGUGGAGGACCUCUUGUCACAAAUAGACUUUGCAUCGUGGCCUUUACCAGAUGUGUCAGAAUCGAGCAGUGAUGACGACCUUAUUCACAAACUGUCUCAUGACCUCGAGCUUCCUCUUGCUCUUGAUGACUUUGAGCCAGUCUCCUCGUGGUCGUCACACAGUCCUGGAGACAUAUUCCAGACGUUUACUAACCAAGAUAGUGUAUCCUCCGCCCUCAAGUCAGAGAAUGACUUUUCAGCGGAGGAAUUGACUCAAGCACUGUAUCCAAAUUUGGUUGCUGGACAAGAAGCAGAAAAUGAAACCAUAUCAUCUGUGCUCAUUGAAGAUAAGAUUAUAAAGAAGGAGCCAGCUUCACCACAGCAUUUCCUACAGAUGCCACCGUCCCCAGAUGAUAGUCAUGACAUCUGGGAACUACUCUGUGGUCCUGAUAUCAAACCCAAUGUGAAGGCUCUGGACACUCCACCCGUGACCCCACCACAAAGUGAAGGAUCUCCCCCGCAUAGUCCCCAGCCUCUCUCACCUGCAGGACCAACUGCAACCACAGUAGUCCUCUCCCCUCCUCACCAGCACCAGAAGCAAGGCACAAAUGGCAUGACAGCAAACCACAUGACGCAACCCAUCAAAGUUGUUACCAUAACGACGAGAAAUGGCACAGGUAAUCAGGGGGCAACCAAAGGGGGCCGCAUUACCAAAACCAUGAAAAUUCAACCCAAAAUUGUGACCACAAGUACAACACAACCUCAGGUUAUUAGCAUAGUGAAUUCCUCUUCAGGACCAAAGUUGACGCUGCCAAAAACUGUUGGGACAAGGACCAUAAGCACGGGGGGAAGUACAAGGGUUGUCCAGCUGAAACCUCCUCCUCCUCAAGUGCAGUCUAGAGUAACAGCUGCCACACCUACAAUUCCUAGCCCAGUACCAUCCAUCCUUACAUCACAGAUAACCAGCCAACCCACAGUUCUUGGCGCUCAGUCAUCUGUAGUGCCCCCGGCAGCCCCCACCACACCCCUGGCACCUCUCGCUCCUGCCCCCCACUUUUUUGCACUGAAAAGACAACAGAGAAUGAUAAAGAACAGAGAAUCUGCCAGUUUAUCUCGUAAGAAGAAGAAAGAAUAUGUGACAGCACUUGAAGGAAACAUUACUGAGUUACAAAAUGAAAAUAAAAGAUUGAAAGAGGACAAUAUCCGCUUGCAACAAAAGGUAUCAUCACUGGAGUCUGAGUGUGCAUCAUUGCGGCAUGCAUUGGGACGAAGCCCAAGCAGGAAAACCACCACUGCACUGUUCGCCAUAAUUUUCCUAUUAUCUCUGAACCUAGGUCCUUUGACGGGCAUUUUCCUAAGCAAUGAAUCAAGAUUAUCAUCCUUAAAAAGAAUGAUGCAAGGAGGGGAACCGUCAUCUCUCGGUUCUGGCUUUAAGCACCGCUCACUCCUCUGGGCCAAUGAAAAACAGGCUUCAGCAGAGGAAGGCACAAUUCCGAACUUGAACACCAACACCUCAUCUAUGUGUCCCAUGUACAUCAAUGCAACAGAAAGUUUGAGGCUGGAAACUGAAUUGCGAGGCUGGUUUGAAAACAAGAUGGACAAGAAGAAGAAUAAUCAAAGACCCCUAUUGUCACACCCCAAGACAAGGGAAGGAAGGAACCGCCUUAACAAGCACAAAAACAUGGGAGAACCAACCCAGAAACUCAGCAAGCAAGUUGGCAGUGAGGUCUGGAAUGCCUUAGUCCCUCCCCAGCAACCUUCCAAUAAACCAGCACCACUUUACCAUUAUGUUCACUAUGUUGAGCCAUCUACUAGCACUGAAGAAGACACCUCGGUCAUGGCUACUGUCCCUCGUCUAACAUCAUUCCUUGAGGCUAUCCAGAGGCGUGAUGACACAUACUAUGUUGUGUCCUUCUCCCCUGACCAUCUCCUCGUCCCUGCAACAGCACGGAAUGACUCAGCCCGGCCCCGAAUGUCGCUGCUAAUGCCAACACCCCAGUCUAUGAAUGACUCUCUGGCUCCCCCUCCUAAUAAUGUGGCUUUGAUGCAGAUCGACUGUGAGGUCAUGCACACACGUCUAGUCCAUGUAGCACAGGAGCUGGUGCCACCCUACCUGCGCACAGACAGGAGCAACACAUCACGGACAUCAUCAGAAGAAGCUACAACUGCCACUCCCAGGGAGAGACGAAACUCUCGGUCCAGGCCAAGACACACCCUAACAAAGCCCAGUUUCCCACACAAAUAGACUACGAGUUGGGUGCACAAUUAAGACAUUAAAACAGAGUUGUUGAACAGCUCGUAAAAUCAUUUGUCGUGACAGAGGAAUUGAGCUUUUGUCCUUUUGCUAUUUAUUGUCAUAUCUGUUUUUCUACUUUUUUAUCUUUUUCUUUUUAAGUAAGACCAAUUUUGGUGCUUUAAUUAUCUGCUUCAGAAGUAUAUUUUUAUUUAUUAAUAUUUACAGCUGUACAAAAUUAUUUUAUAGAGACUCCAUGAAAUAUAUAAUUGUUCUUAAUUGAUAUUGAUAUAUUGAUAUCGACGUGUAUAUCCAAAAGCCCAGUGAUGUGAAACAAUAGACUAAGGAAGUUACAGUGCUUUUACAAGAAUAUUAUAUGGACCCAAGUGAGUUAAUCUCAAUCAUUCCAUGAUCUCAUACAAUUCCAUUUGAUUUUUUUUGUCUAUUUUUUUCUUCCCUAUUUCAUGUUGAAAUAAACAUAGGAAUAAUCAAAGAGAGAAUCAUGUAUUGUACUGUGCUACCCUCAAGAGACAAGCAUCAAAAAAAGGCAACCCAUCAAUUCACGUGAUAUUGUAAGAGAAGACAGGAUAUACAUUAGGGUGUGCUCAUAUAAAAGGUGUUGAGUUCUUUGUACAUAAAAUAAAAGAAUGCCACUUUUUGAGGAUUUUGUGUGCUGGUGUAGGGUUCAAGUCUAGGUUGUUUGAUAGGGUAUAGUACAAGAUGCAUAUUGUGGUUCCUUUUGUACAUUUCAAAGUUAAAAUUUCCGUGACUUAUCAAUUUAUAUACAUGUGUAUUCAAACAUACACAUGUUGUAUACUGUUUACAUGUAUAUUGUAUUAUAGAACAUCCCAGAUUUUAAUCAUAUGUGAAGGAAAUACACAUAAGUUUAUCAAGAAUUAAGUGUAAGGAAGAGGUUUGUAGUUAUUAAACCACGUGGUUAUGUAGAUGCCUGGUCAAAAAGUACAGUUUCAUUUCCCAUGUAAAUAUGUAUUUAUUAAUUUUAUUUCAAGAUGUCGUAUGUCUAGUUUACUUUUGAUAUGGCUGUGAUUUUUUUUGUUGUUGUUGUUCACUUAUGAAUGUUAAGUGUUGUGGAAGUAUAUUAUGUUAAACAAGCGAAUUGACUUGUUAGACUUGCAUCAUUUCAUCUUUUCUGUGCAAUAAUUUUGGUCCAGUGAAAGUUUUGAAGCCAAACUUUUCUGUGUAUAUAGAGUAAAAAUGGUUGUAAAUUUGAUGUUGACUUCAGAACAUCAGAGUUUUCUCUUUCUAAAGUUGAAAGCAAUUAUUCCUUUUUUUUAAGCUAGUCAAAAUUGGUCUAUGUAACCAAUAUUGGUUCAUAAUUGUUCACUACGAAUAUUUUCUUUUUAGUUAUGAAUAGCCUUGUAAAUUUGAAUAUAUUUUUUCAGCAAAAUUGAUGUCCUUAUCUUCAGUAUUGAUAAUAUGAAUCAUUUUUCUGAUUUGGGGUAAUUGUUGUGGAGGUACCAUGAAGUUUACCUUUAGUUGCUACACUGUGUGUGAAUUUUCACAUAAGAAUACCAAUGUUAUUUUCAUUAUUGAUAGAUGCCCGAGUCUAUUAGGUUUAGUUAAUGGUGCCAGAAUGAUUUAGAUAUAAAUUAUUAUACAUUACUAUUUAGAAAUGUAUUGAUAGGAUAAGAAUAUUCAGUGAUAAGUGACCAUUGUGUGUCAGUCUAAUGCUUUUGCACUUUUAUAAUUUUCAUUCAUGUAUGAAUAAAAAGAUGAGUAUAA